UUUUGGAUAAACAAGAUGCAUGCCAAAGGUUCUAAUCUCGAGAAUAGCUGCAAACAAACGCCAGGAAGUUCUUCAUCAUUUGUCCCAAACCAUCCUCUGCAGAGAGAUUUUGAUUUAAGACAUCAAAAUUAUAUAAGGAAUCAAGCAAGGUUCUUCUUUGACUGGCGAAAAGAUCCUGGAAUUAGUCGAUAUAGGAACUUGAUAAAAAUUGAUAUUUCUACAAUAUUGCAUUCUCGACAUCCUAAUAAGCAAGGACAGGCCUAUGUUUUGGCAAACUUUCUGGAAAAUCGGCUAUUUGUGGAGGCUGCUUCACAGGAUGAGUAUAUCAAUCGGCAGACAAUUAUGCAGCGAUUGGAUGCACAACUCAAGAAGUUGAAUGCCCCGAAAUGCAGCCAAGUAAAUAGCUCUAUUGCUUGCACAUCCCAGAUGGUGCCCUCUUCUGGGUUAUUGCAAGCUAGGUCUAAUGGAAGCGUACUGGAACCUUCUUUUCAGAAUGUGGCUGGUCCUAUCAACAAUGCAACCGAUUAUUGUGCAGUGGCUGUAGAUAAUAAAAAUGGCUUCCUAAAUGGAGGGUUGUCUUAUUCUUCUUUUGUUCCCCAACCGAUUUUUUCACCUGAUAACCUUCCAUCAAUCGCUACAUGCACUGAUUUGGAUGUGCUUCCUAACUCUUUUGUUUCUGGUGGGAGAAGCAAUCCGAAAGCUUGCUCCAAGUCAGUCAGUUCCUAUUUUCCUCAGCGACAGGCAGACGAUUGGAAGACACUUCUGCUGAAGUAUGGAGAUUGUUUUAGGACUACAAUGGGAAAAUUUGUCCAAUCUGAAUCUCCAAAUUUGAUGACCCCUCAAGAUGCCUUGAGGGGAUUGUCAAAAGUUUCCGAUCUUCCUCCUGUCCCGAGAAGCCUUGGAGAUAUUAGGCAGCAUCAACACCGGAAGCGAGAUUUUCAGCAGAAUUUAAAACUUUGUAUGCAGCCAUAUGGACUUCCUGGUAAAACUUAUAUGGCCCAGCCUAAUGCACUCUCCAAUCAAGGGGUCAAAUGUUGGGGCAGAAAGCAUUGAAGCAACCACAACUUUUAAGAAGAAGUUUCAACGGGGAUCAACAGUUCACUUUAGGGAGCUCAACAUAUAUUUUUGGUUUAGAUGGAUCUGAUAAUAUGAAUUCAUGCAGUAGUUCCAAAGUUUCAGUUGAACAGAGGAUCAUGCUUGAAUAUCUUUAUUUGAAGAAUUUUAAUAAUAUUUCACGGGGCAAUGUUAUGAAAUAUCUGCAUUCAACAGUUUGUCUUAAAGGAACAUGUAAUUGUGGAUGGUAUAUCAAGUUGUUAUUGCAUUUUGAUGAUUGUAAAGACGAUGGUUGUCAUACAUGUUACUCCUGGAAAUUGCGUGGCAUUGAUAUUCUUGGGGGUCAUUUGAAAUUUCCUGAUAUUAUGGGUUCUGUUGAAAGAAAAAAUGACGCUCCUUCUGGAAAUACUGAAGUCGUGCUACCACCUGCAAAAAGAAGAAAAAUGGAUCCCGCUUUUGGUGUCCCUUUAAUUAAUAAUGCAUGUUUGGAUCGGUCGACUCAGGAAAUGGUUCACCUUUGUUCUUCUGAAGCCCUUUCAGAAUUGUCGCAACAACCAGAAUCUUCUUUUUUUUGUGAAAGUAUGGAGUGCAAAGCUGAUCAUAUAUCUCUUUCUUUACAUUCCAAUAUACAUCUUAUCUGCAAAGAGUCAAUGCCUGUAGAUGUAGAAGGCAUACAUGGCAGAAUCGGGUUCAACCAAGAUGGGAUGAAUGCUACCAUCGAGCCAAAAGUUGAUCAAGAGAUGGAGAUGUCAUCAAAUCCAACAGCUAAUACUGCAGAUAUGAAGGACAUACAAGGCAAAAUUGGGUUGAACCAAGAUGAGAUAAAUGCUACAAAAGAAGUCAUUGAGCCAAAAGUCGAUGAAGAAAUGGAAAGGAAGUCCCCAAAUCCAACACUUAAUACUACAUAUAUGGAGGACAUAGAAGACAAAAUCGAGUUGAACCAUGAUGGGAUAAAUGCUAUAAAAGAAAUCAUUGAGCCAAAAGCUAAUCAAGAGAUGGAAAUGGUGUCUCUAAAUCCCAUAGUUAUUGUACAUAUGGAGGGCAUACAAGCCAGAACUGGGUUCAACCAGGACGGGAUAAAUGCCACAAAAGAAGUUAUUGAGCCAAAAUUUGAUGAAGAGAAGGAAAAGAAGUCCCAAAAUCCAAUAGUUAAUAUUGUAGAUAAAGAAGACAUACAAGACAGAAUCGAGUUCAUCCAGCAUGGAAUAAAUGUUGAUCCAAAGAUAGAAAGGAU